AUGGGGUUGUUAGGUUUGUUGAGACGCGAUUCAACGGAUGCUGAUGGCAAUCUGCCAGAGGACAGCGUGGAUGCUGGUACGCAGGAGAUUUUUUUAUCUUGGGCUCUAUUUAUUGUCAUUCUCUUACUGAUUGCGUCUUUGUGGACGUCGUACUACUUGCAGCAGAAACGAAUAAAGGGUAUCCACGAGUCGAUUGUAUCAAUUUUUGCGGGAAUACUCGUCGGAUUUAUUGUGCGAGUAUCUCCGGGGCACUUUAUCCAAGAGCAGUUAUCGUUCAGCUAUUCGUACUUCUUCAACAUCUUGCUUCCCCCGAUUAUCCUCAAUUCCGGCUAUGAGUUGAAUCAGGCGAAUUUUUUCCGCAACAUAUUCAGUAUUCUCAUGUUUGCGUUUGCAGGAACGUUUAUCGCAACCGUUAUUCUUGGCGUUCUUGUGUACAUUUGGACCGCUCUGGGUCUCGAGGGUGUCGAGCUCUCAUUUGUUGAUGCCGUAGCAAUGGGUGCGACUUUGAGUGCCACUGACCCCGUUACGAUCUUGAGCAUUUUUAAUACAUACCAGGUGGAUCCAAAGCUUUACACGAUUAUUUUCGGAGAGAGCUUAUUGAACGAUGCUGUGUGCAUUGUCAUUUUUGAGACCUGCACGAAAUUCAGAGAUCAGAGUAUGACAUUCACUUCAGUUUUCGCCGGUAUUGGGAUUUUCUUUAUGACGUUUACUAUUUCUUUGUUGAUCGGUGUCUUAGCAGGUAUUCUCACUGCCUUGGUUCUCAAGCACACUCAUGUCCGACGCUACCCCCAGAUCGAGUCCUGUUUGGUACUUUUGUUUUCAUAUGGCACGUAUUUCUUCUCCAAUGGCUGCCAUAUGUCUGGUAUUGUGUCUCUACUAUUUUGUGGUAUCACCUUGAAACACUACGCAUAUUACAACAUGUCUCGACGAACUCAGUUGGCCGUCAAGUACUCUUUCCAGUUGCUGGCCCAACUAUCGGAAAACUUUAUCUUUAUUUAUCUUGGUCUCACCCUCAUGACCCAAGACGAUCUGGUUUUCCGCCCGUUGCUGAUCAUCGUUACCGCGGCCGGCAUUUGCCUGUCCCGCUACUGCGCAGUAUUCCCAUUGUCUCGAUUGGUGAACCAGGUCACACGUUUCAGAGCUCGCAUGUCUGGAAAUCCGCAGCAACUCCAGCUCGACGAAGAUGAAAUCCCCCCUUCUUACCAGUUUAUGCUCUUCUGGGCCGGUCUCCGAGGUGCCGUAGGCGUCGCUCUGGCUGCCGGUAUCGAAGGACCACACGCAAACGUUGUCAGAGCGACUGUAUUGGUAGUGGUCAUGUUGACUGUGUUGGUCUUUGGUGGCACGACAGCCCAAAUGCUAGAGAUCCUCGGUAUUAGGACCGGUGUUGCACAAGAACAAGACAGCGACGACGAAUUCGACCUCGAGCUACCAAGAUCACAGCUGCAGCGGCAGAGACCGGCUGCCUCAUCCUCUCAAACAUACGUCGAUGACGAAAAUGAGGAUGACGACGCUGAAAACCCCGUAGCGUCGGUAGCUGCUUCCGUGACUGAGGCAGGAUCUAGAUGGUUCAGCGAGCUAGAUGCAAAAGUGUUCAAGCCUGUCCUUUUAGAUGAUCCUCGCUAA